CAUCCUUGGGAACUGAAGCUCUCUUCUCUUUGGACUUAUUUUAAGUGUUUUUAUUCAAAUUGCUGAAAAACGGGAAUACAUCUCUGGCAAGUACUGCCAUCACAUACUGUGGUCUUGAGAAGAUGGAGCAGACAGUGUGUAGCCUCACUGAAGACUAGGAAGAGCCAUCAGACAAAAACACCGGCAAAAGAUUGUUAUCAAAUCUCAACAUCAACACGCUACAGAAGUUUUCCCUCCUCAACCAGCCUGACUCAACGUCCUGCAGGGGCUCCCUGCUGCAAGAGCAGUGACCCAGAGGUUAAACUUGAGUGACAGGGUCCAGUUGGAUAACCGCAUCAAUCUCUUCGUCUAUUUCAGUAUGUUGUUCAUUGAUCCCAACUGCAUUGUAUUAUAAUGCGCAAAUGGAUACUGACAUGGAACCUUCCAAAAGUUUUCUCGGGACUGUACCUACAUGCCAUCUUCCUGUUCAGCAGUGUGUGUGUGGUCUACAGUGACUGCACUCCGGUGCAACUUGCUGCCAUCAUGAACUGUUCAAGACAUGAGCGUCACACCAGGAAUUAUGACUACAUGGAGGGAGGAGAUGUGCGCAUCCGACAGCUGUUUAGCCGCACGCAGUGGUUCCUGACAAUUGACGACGAAGGACACAUCAAUGGGACUCAAGACCCGACCAACUGUUACAGCAUCCUAGAGAUCAGGACAGUGUCUGAAGGGGGCAUUCUGGCCAUCAAAGGCGUAAAGAGUCAGCAUUACAUCGCCAUGAACAAGGCUGGGCAGCUGCAGGCCAAGAGGAUCUACAACGACAACUGCAACUUCAAGGAGGUUUUCCUAGAAAACUUCUUCAACGCUUAUUCCUCCACAAAGUGGACUAAAAACGGCAAAGAAAUGUUCAUAGCGCUGUCUCAGAAGGGGCGGCCAUUGCGAGGGAAGAAGACGAGGAGGGAGCACGUGGCAUCGCACUUCAUCCCUAUGAAAUGCAAGGAGGAGGAGAGAAGGGCAGACUAAGACAGAGGACUCAUAUUUGUACAACUUCAGUUACCAAAUAUUUUAAUGGACCUUAAAACUUAUCACCGGCCACACUACACACUUCUGAAGAUGUACAGUAUAAGUUAUUAUAUACACAGUAUACAGAAGACAAUAUUGGGAGUUGGGACACAACUCUUAAUUGAUCAAUUAGGGGUUGGAUUGGAAACUGAAUCCUCAUCCAGACAUAAUAGACAUUUGAAGUGCAUCUAGAAAGAAUUCACUUUAAUUUUUCCGCAUUUUGUCAUGUUCCAGCCUUAUUCCAAAAUGGAAUGAAUUCAU